AUGUUCGCUGAGCUGAGGUCCAAGCUGAGCCCCCCGCGAGGCCGCGCCGGGGCUGUGCGCGCCGGCUUCGGGGAGCACCGGGAUGUGGACGCCACUGCCCACUUCAGCUUCUGCCGGACCCUCCUGGAGCACACAGUGUCUGCAGAGAGCAUCCCUUACCACCGGCCUCGGACGCCAGGCACUAGCCUCACGUGGCACGACUCCCACAGCCAGAGGGCUGCCGGCAGCAGGCCCAUCAAGCUCCUGCAGCAGCCUGGCACAGAGACCCCCCAGGGCCAGCUGUACUCUGACCACUAUGGCCUGUACCACACCAGCCCCUCGCUGGGCGGCCUGACGCGACCCGUGGUCCUGUGGAGUCAGCAGGACGUCUGCAAAUGGCUCAAGAAGCACUGCCCCCACAACUACCUCGUCUACGUCGAGGCCUUUUCCCAGCAUGCCAUCACUGGACGGGCGCUGCUGCGACUGAAUGCAGAGAAGCUGCAGCGCAUGGGGCUGGCACAGGAGGCCCAGAGACAGGAGGUGCUGCAGCAGGUACUCCGCCUGCAGGUGCGCGAGGAGGGGCGGAGCCUGCAGCUGCUCAGCCAAGGAGGGUCAAAGUGUUGGGGCAUGGUGGCCUCUCUCUUGUCCCCGGGCCAGGAUGCGGUGACGUCGGGUCGCCUCAAUCCGCCCCCUCCCCGGUGCCGUCCGCGGCAGGAAUACCGCGAGAGUUCGCCCCCUCCCCCCAGUGAAACUGUCAAAGGCGGGAGGGGCGGGAGCGCGCAUGUGCGCAGCGCGGCGCGCAGCCUGCGCCGCCGGACCCCGCGCCCCGCGCCCCCGGCCCGGCCCGGCCCGGCCGCAGCCCACGCGCCGCAGGUAAGCGCCCGCCGCGCCCCCGCCGGAGCCCGCCGCGGCCUCAGCACCGCCCGCCCAGACCCCGACGCGCGCGCAGGCCGGGCCCGGUCGCCGCCCCCGCCCGCCGCCGCCGCCCCCGCCGCGCCCGCGCCCCCGGCGCCGCCCUCCUGCUCCUCCCUCUCCAGAAAAAGUCGCCAUUUUGGUUCACUACCUCCCCCCCGCCCCGGCGCCGGCCACCGGCCCUUCCGGGGCCAGGCCAAGGCCCGCGCCCGCCGCAGGUGA